AUGUUACUGAGAAACAUUGAUCCGAAAAGACAACUUUGCAACGGGACGAGGUUGGUGGUCACUGAACUGCGGCCACACAACUUCAAGGCGAGGAAGUUAUCCGGCGCCGACGACGGGCAGGACGACAUAAUCUUACCCGCCUUUGCUUUGACUUCCGGUGAGGAAGACGAUUUGCCUUUUCAAAUGAAGCGGAUUCAAUUUCCGGUACGGUUGUCGUUUGCCAUGACAAUCAACAAGUCUCAGGGUCAAACGUUCGACAGAGUCGGUUUGCUCCUGCCGUCACCCGCCUUCAGCCACGGACAGCUGUACGUUGCGUUUUCAAGAGUGAGGGACGCGCAAUCCGUCAGUCGGCAUGCACUGCGAUGGAAAUGGUCGAUUUGUUAA